AUGAGGUCUCCUUCAUGUCUUUUUGUGCUGGGGAUGGCUGUAAUGUUAGGGUUCUGGGUUCACUGCACCGUUGGCGAGUCCAUGUAUGGGGCGUAUGCCCCCGGGGACAUCGUCAUUGGGAUUCUGAGUUCAGUUCACACCGACAUAAAAGAUCUUCAGCCUUGGAUCCUUCCAGAUACGUCUGUCUGUAUAAACUUUGAUUUAGUAACAUUUGUUAAAUUUUUAGCUGUAAUUCACACAAUCGAAAUGAUCAAUGACUCUGGAUUUCUUCCUGGGAUUCAGCUUGGAUAUCUGAUGUGUGAUCCAUGUGGACAUGCAACCAAAGCCGUACAGUGUGUUGAGCAAAUGCUUUCUAUUAAUGGGUCAUUUACAGUCCUCUCUGACUACUCAAACUUCAGUCCACCUGUGAAGGCAUUUCUGGGGGAGAGAUAUUCUGAGACGUCUAUUCCUGUUGCCAGGCUGCUCAGUCUGCAUAAGAUUCCCCAGGUGAGUUGCACAUCUUCUACAACAGCCGUUAGCAACAAGUUACGCUACACAUCCUUCUUUCGUGUCAUUCCAAGUAGCGAAUACCAGACGCAGGCACUGGCAAAGCUCAUAAGGCAUAAGUGGGACUGGAUUGGGGUUGUGAGCCUUGAUGAUGAUUAUGGUAAAGAUAUCUAUGAGCACUUUAUGCCACAUGCAGAGAAAGAGAGGAUAUGCUCUGAGUUCCAUGAAGUGAUACCAAACUACGAUAACGUGAAACAGCGCAUCAAGCAGGUGGCCAGUAUUAUCCGAAACUCUGAUGCCAAAGUUGUGGUGCUCUUCUUAAGAAUUCAGCAGGUAGAGAUGCUCUUUGAAGAGAUGAUUAAGACAAACACUUCUCGAAUCUGGAUCGCCAGUAACACAUGGUCUAUGUCUCGCCUCUUAAUGAAGAUGAAGGGCAUAAACAAGGUGGGAGACAUUAUUGGCACUACCUUCAUCACAGGGAACAUCCCAGGUUUUGAAGACUACCUCCAGAAUCUGAGGCCACGUCCAGGGGCGAGAAAUGACCUAAUCAGGGAGUACAAACAAAUGAGAUUUAACUGCAGUCAGCAAUCAGAGCAUACGUCCCCUUUGGCCUGCAAUGUGACAGACCCCCAGGAGGCAAACGAUGACUACCUGCUCCAUGCUGUGGAUGUGACAGAGGCCUACAGUCAGAGAGUGGCAGUGUAUGCUGUAGCUCAUGCCAUGAAGAAACUUCUUCAGUGCAAUGACACUGCCUGCUCUGGAGAUACCAACUUAAUGCCAUAUGAGCUUUUGCACAUUCUUCGUAAGGUGAACUUCACUUUGGACGAUCAAAUAUACAACUUCCAUGAAAAUGGUGAUUUUGACGAUGGCUAUGAUAUCAUGAUGUGGAAAAAGAACGGUGAUGAAAGAAUAUCUGAAGUGGUGGGAAAAUUCCUCAUAAAGACUGGGGAUGUUGAGAUCUAUGACUACAAAAUUCCAUGGACCAACACUACAGUGCCCUUAUCCAAAUGUUCAAAGCCAUGUCCCCCUGGCACUGAAAAGAACAUAAACAAUCUCUCCUGUUGCUAUAACUGCACUAACUGCAGUGAAGGAUACUACUCUAAUGAGUGGGGGCUCACCGGUAAGCAGUUGCGGUCCAGACAAGGGUGCAGUUUGGAUGAAGCUUGUGGAGGCCGAAGGCAGGAGCAGAGGAGCGCGGGCCGUCAAGGCUUCAAGCACCGCAUUCUCGUCAGAAGUGCCGGAGCCAGGAGGACCAGGCUGACGGCCGAAGGAAACUCACAUGAGAGAAUAGAGGUCUGUGCCAGAGUGGCUCGCAGCUGCACCAGCGUCACACAACUGAUUGCGAACACGUCGUCACGAGAACGGAAGGUUCACGUACCACUCACAGAUCAGGACACUUGUAAACAAUGUCCAGAAGGUUCUUGGUCUCUUCCAGGAUCGAGGGAGUGGGAGAAAUGGAAUAUUUGGUUUUUGGAGUGGUCUUCAGCUUAUUCCAUUGUAGUGAUGAUUGGAACAGUAAUAGGUGCACUACUGCUGGUGUUCUCAUUUAUCUUUUUCAUUCUACACAGAGAAAAACCCAUCAUAAAGGACAUCUUAGUCAUUUCAUGCCUGAUGAAAUUUGGCCUGAUGGUGAGUUUUGGAGGUGUAAUACUUUUCUUAGGCAGCCCAAACAUCCAUCUUUGUAAAGCACAACAGACCAUGUAUGGUCUUGGGUUCACUCUCUGUGUGUCCUGCAUUCUGGUUAAGGCCCUUCACAUAUUCUUAGAGUUAAUGUCCUCUAAUCCUGCAAAGCAGCGCAAACUAAGAAAGUUUGAUAAGCCCAUUGUCAUCAUAGGAAUCCUCACUGUUAUUCAAGCUCUCAUCUGUAUCUUCUGGAUGAUAUUUGAUCCUGUUAAUGUUGAGGAGAAACAAUCAAAAACUCAGUUACUUACUCUGAACCGUCUGUGCACUCAGGGCUCUCUGUAUGGCUUUGGUGUGAUGCAUGUCUACAUUGCUUUACUAGCUGUGCUAAGUUUUGGACUGGCCUUCAAGGGGAGAGAUAACGAGACUGAUCCUAUAGUCUUCAGUAUGCUCAUCCAUCUGUUUGCAUGGCUUUGCUUUAUUCCAGUCUUUAUCACUCAAUAUGAAUCACGUCCCAUCGUCCAGAUCUCUGGCAUUAUGGUCUCCAACUAUGGAGUCAUCUUUUGUCACUUCACCCCAAAAUGGUUAAAGAUCCUCUCAGACACUGAAAACUUGAAAGCAGCAAGUAUUAACAUAGGCUUUUGCUUCUAG